AUGACUUCGCCAUCUGCGUUAGAGUCCAACCAGCUACUGACGGAACGACAAAAGAGACUCUUGAGUUUUCUAAUGUCUAAGAAGGUGCCACCCGUGCCAACGCAAGAGGAAAGAAAACCGUAUCCCGGAUACAGGGCCAACAUCAUCAAGCAAUUAUUCUUUUGGUGGCUAUCGCCUGUUAUGAAAGUGGGGUACCAGAGAACAUUACAACCCGAUGAUAUGUUUUAUUUGACUGACGAUAUAAAAGUCCAAAAAAUGGCCGAGGAUUUCUACAGAUAUAUGUCUCACGAUAUUGACAGGGCCAGGCAAAAGCACAUUGCUGAGAAAUGUGCCAAGCGUGGCGAAGCUCCCGAAACCACAUCUGUUUCUCCCGAGGAAGACAUGAAGGAUUUUGAGAUGAGUAAAUUUUUAACAGUUUGGGCUUUGGCCAAAACUUUUAAAUGGCAAUACACAUGGGCUUGUGUAUGCUUAGCUUUGAGUAAUGCAGGUCAAACAACUAUGCCAUUGUUGAGUAAGAAAUUGAUUCAAUAUGUCGAGUUGAAGGCUUACGGUCGAGAGCCAGGAGUUGGGAAAGGGCUUGGUUAUUCCUUUGGCACAACAGCAAUGGUGUUUAUUGUGGGUGUGUUGAUUAAUCACUUCUUUUACCGUUCCAUGAUCACCGGUGCACAAGCUAAAGCAGUCUUGACAAAGGCACUUUUGGAUAAGUCAUUCAAACUCAGCGCCGAGGCUAAGCACAAAUAUUCUGUUGGUAAAAUCACUUCCAUGUUGGGGACAGAUUUGUCUAGAAUCGACUUUGCCUUGGGAUUUCAACCAUUCUUGAUUGUUUUCCCCAUCCCGAUUGCUAUUGCGAUUGUUAUCCUAGUCAUCAAUAUUGGUGUCGCAUCGUUAGUUGGUGUCGGAAUAUUGCUAGUGUUUAUGAUUGGUAUUGCUUUCUCUACAGGGAAGCUAUUUGCAUACAGAAAAAAGGCCAACAAGUAUACCGAUUCAAGAGUCAACUAUAUGAAAGAGGCAUUGAACAAUUUAAAGAUUAUUAAGUUCUAUUCGUGGGAACCUCCGUAUCAUAAAAACAUCUCAGAUAUAAGAAAGAAAGAAAUGAGGAUCAUUUACCGCAUGCAAGUUCUUCGAAAUAUCGUCACCUCAUUUGCCAUGUCGUUGACUCUCUUUGCCUCGAUGACUGCGUUCUUGGUGCUUUACGCCAUAUCAAAUGGAAGAAGAGAUCCAGCAUCCAUUUUCUCCUCACUUUCCCUUUACAACGUCUUAACCCAACAAGUUUUUUUGUUACCUAUGGCGUUAGCGACCGGAGCCGAUGCAUUUAUGGGUAUUUCCCGUGUUGGGGACUUUAUGGCACAAAGUGAAAUAAACCCUGAAGAAAAUGCUAUUGAAGCACCACCAGACGUCCAAGAGUGGAUGGAUAAGGAGUCGUUGGCCAUUGACAUUGAGAAAGCGUCAUUUGAGUGGGAGGUGUUUGAGGAUGAGGAUGAGAAAGAGGAGAAGAGCUCUAAAAAAAGCAAGAAAGGCAACAAGAGGAACUCAGAAGAAAGUGCCAUUUUGGAUGUACAAGAUAGUGAUGUUUCCUCGUCGAAGGGAUUGGAUCGCUCUUCGAUAACAGAUGGCUCUUCUGAAGAGGAUGCACAUUUUGAAGGGUUGAAAAACAUUGACUUUAAGAUCAAGAAAGGUGAGUUUGUUGUUAUUACUGGUAUGAUUGGAUCCGGAAAAUCGUCAUUGUUGUCUGCCAUGUCGGGAUUCAUGAAGCGUAAUAGUGGAUCCGUUUAUGUUAAUGGUUCAUUGUUGCUCUGUGGAUACCCUUGGGUACAAAACUCAACGGUCAAGGACAAUAUCAUCUUUGGUUCAGAAUACGAUGAAGAAAAAUACAAGCGAGUAAUUUAUGCAUGUUCGUUGGAAGCAGAUUUGGAAUUAUUGCCUGCAGGAGAUAGAACGGAAAUCGGUGAGCGUGGUAUCACUUUGUCUGGUGGACAAAAGGCUAGAAUCAAUCUUGCGCGUGCUGUUUAUGCAAACAAGGAUAUUAUUCUUUUGGACGAUGUAUUGAGUGCAGUCGAUGCUCGUGUUGGUAAGCACAUUAUGAACAAUUGUCUUUUGGAUUUGUUGAAGGAAAAGACUAGGGUUUUGGCAACGCAUCAAUUAUCAUUGAUUGGAUCUGCAGAUCGAGUAAUCUUUUUGAAUGGAGAUGGGUCUAUUGAUGUUGGAAAAUUUGAAGAAUUGAAGGAAAGAAACCCCGGUUUUGGUAAAUUAAUGGCAUUCAAUAGUGAGUCAAAAGAAGAGAAAGAAGGAAAUGAGGAAGAAUUGGAACAAAGUGCGGAACAGGAAUUGAUUGAGGAGGACAAGCGUAAUAUUGAACGUCAACUAACUCGUCGCUCUACGCGGACAGUCACUACAGUAGGUGCAUUUCCUGAAGAUGUUGAUGAAGAAGAAGAAGAAGACGAAGAGGGGCGUCACCGCGAAUAUAACUUGGAUGAAGAAGCAGAUGGUAAAUUGAUUACUGAUGAAGAGCGUGCUGUCAAUGCCAUCAGUAAAAAGAUCUAUGCUCGAUAUUUCCAAUUGGGAUCAGGAAAGUUUACACCAUGGGCAAUGCUUCCACUUUUACUCACAUUUAUCGUGUUGGCCACGUUCAGUCAAAUCUUCACAAAUACCUGGUUAUCCUUUUGGACUGAAUACAAGUUUGAUAAACCAAACAAGUUCUAUAUUGGUAUUUAUAUCAUGUUUACGUUCUUGUCGUUCAUUUUGUUGACUUGUGAGUUUAUCAUAUUGGUUUACAUAACAAAUACUGCGUCGGUACAGAUGAAUGUUCUUGCUGUUCAAAAAGUUUUGCAUGCCCCAAUGUCAUUCAUGGAUACCACACCAAUGGGACGUAUUUUGAAUCGAUUCACAAAAGAUACUGAUGUUUUGGAUAAUGAAAUUGGUGAUCAAUUGAGAUUCUUUUUGUUUGUGUUUGCCAAUAUCAUUGGAGUCAUUGUAUUGUGUAUUAUUUAUUUGCCAUGGUUUGCCAUUGCUGUGCCAUUUUUGGGGAUGUUGUUUGUUUCUAUUGCUGAUUAUUACCAAGCAUCUGCUCGUGAAGUGAAGCGUUUGGAAGCAGUACAGAGAUCGCUCGUGUACAACAACUUUAACGAAACAUUGAGCGGGAUGGCUACAAUCAAGGCAUAUAAAGCUACAGAGAGGUUUAUUGACAAGAACAAUUACUUGAUUAAUCGAAUGAAUGAAGCUUACUAUAUUACAAUUGCAAACCAACGUUGGUUGGCUAUUCAUAUGGACUUUGUGGCCACGUUGUUUGCCUUGUUGAUAGCUUUGCUUUGUGUUUUCCGUGUGUUCAAUGUGAGUGCUAGUACUGUUGGUUUGAUCUUGUCUUAUGUGUUGCAAAUUGCCGGGCAACUAUCGAUGCUUAUCAGAACUUUUACCCAAGUGGAAAAUGAAAUGAACUCAGCUGAAAGAUUGAAUUCGUAUGCAACAAGCUUGCCAACUGAAGCACCAUACAUUAUCACUGAAAAUGCACCCCCUCCAAAUUGGCCUAGCCAGGGUACCAUUGUUUUCGAUUAUGCAUCAUUGGCAUACAGACCAGGUUUGCCUUUGGUUUUAAAGAACUUGAAUUUUUCAGUUAAGCCAAUUGAAAAGAUUGGUAUUUGUGGAAGAACAGGUGCUGGUAAGUCAUCAAUCAUGACGGCUUUAUACAGGUUAUCCGAGUUGGAUUCCGGUAAGAUUGAAAUUGAUGGAAUUGACAUAUCCAAGCUAGGAUUGAAAGAUUUGAGAUCCAAAUUGUCCAUCAUUCCCCAAGAUCCUGUUUUGUUCAGAGGUACGAUUAGGUCAAACUUGGACCCAUUCAACGAACAUGACGAUGAAAGAUUGUGGGAUGCAUUAAGAAGAACUGGAUUGAUUGAAGGAUCAAGGUUAGAAGCUGUCAAAAGACAAGCCAAGUCUAAAUCAUCGAGCAACAAUAUGUCCGAAAAGUCUGCUGAGAAAUCAACCACCACUCCAGACUCAUUGGCGUUGCAUAAAUUCCAUCUUGAUCAAACUGUGGAAGACGACGGGUCUAAUUUCUCUCUAGGUGAAAGACAAUUGAUUGCAUUCGCUCGUGCCUUGGUCCGUGACUCCAAGAUUCUCAUAUUGGAUGAAGCUACAUCAUCGGUUGAUUAUGAAACUGAUUCCAAAAUCCAAGAAACCAUCAUUCGUGAAUUUAAAGAUUGCACGAUAUUGUGUAUUGCCCAUAGAUUGAAGACGAUUAUCAAUUAUGAUCGUAUCUUGGUUUUAGAUAAAGGGGAGGUGAGAGAGUUUGAUACGCCUUGGAACUUGUUUAAUUCCAAGGGUAGUAUCUUUAAGCAAAUGUGUGAGCGUUCCAAUGUUACUGAGCAAGAUUUUGGUCAAUAG